AUGUCUGCCCCAUUAGAUGCUAGUAAAUUGGAAAUUACCAAAACUACAACUCCAAAAGAAUUAUUACCAAAAGAACAAUUAGUCUUUGGUAAAACUUUCACUGAUCAUAUUUUAGAAGUUGAAUGGACUAAAGAAGAAGGUUGGGGUACUCCAACCAUUAAACCAUAUCACAAUUUUUCCCUUGAUCCAGCUACUGCUGUUUUACAUUAUUCAUUUGAAUUAUUUGAAGGGUUAAAAGCUUACCGUGAUAGUGAUGGAAAAAUUAGAACUUUUAGACCAGAUAAAAAUAUGGCAAGAAUGAAUAGAUCAGCUAAAAGAGCUGCUUUACCAACUUUUGAUGGUGAAGAAUUUAUGAAAUUGGUUGAUAAAUUUUUACUUCUUGAAGAAAGAUUUGUUCCUACUGGUUAUGGUUAUUCUCUUUAUUUGAGACCAACUUUAAUUGGUACUUCAAUUGGUUUGGGUGUUAGUGCUCCAACUAAAGCUUUAUUAUAUCUUAUUGCUUCUCCAGUUGGUCCAUAUUUCAGUGCUGGUUUCAAACCAGUUUCUUUAGAAGCCACCAAUUAUGCUGUCAGAGCAUGGCCAAAGGGUGUUGGUGCUUAUAAAUUGGGUGCCAACUAUGUCUCCUGUAUUGAACCACAAAUGGAAGCUGCUAAAAGAGGUCAUUCCCAAAACUUGUGGUUAUUUGGUGAUGAAGGUUAUAUCACUGAAGUUGGUGCCAUGAAUGUUUUCUUUGCAUUUAAGAAUGCUGAUGGUAGUAAAGAAUUGGUUACUCCACCAUUGGAUGGUAUGAUUUUACCUGGUGUUACACGUGAUUCUACUUUAGAAUUGACUAGAACCAAAUUAUCUGAUGAAUGGACUGUUAGUGAAAGAAAAUUGACCAUGAAUGAAGUUAAAGAAAGAGCCCACAAAGGUGAAUUAAUAGAAGCUUUCGGUACUGGUACCGCUGCUAUUGUUUCCCCAAUUGAUAACAUUGAAUUUGAAGGUGAACAUAUUAAAGUUCCAGUUGAUGCUGGUGCUUCUGGUGAACUUGCAUUGAAGAUCAAUAACUGGAUUCAAGACAUUCAAUAUGGUAAAGAAUCUUUCAAAGACUGGUCCAGAGUUGCCAACUAG